AUGGGAGUAUUAGGAAUAUCAUCACUGAACUUGACCCCGACUACAUGUGCUAUCUUUACUUUGAUUGGUACCGUGCUGAUAUGGUGGUUUUGGAAUGCGGUGAACUGGAUGUGGGUGAGACCUAAGAGGAUAGAGAGGCGUCUGAAGGAGCAGGGUUUCCAAGGAAAUUCCUACCGCCCUUUGGUUGGAGACAUAAGAGAUAUGGUUAAAAUGAUUAAGGAAGCCAAAUCCAAACCCAUGGAUCCUCACUCUAAUGACAUUGCACCCCGUGUAUUGCCUUACGUAGUCCAUACCAUCGCUAAAUACGGUAAGAAUUCGUUCAUGUGGCUUGGUCCAAGACCAAGGCUGUUCAUCUUGGAUCCAGACAAAUUCAGAGAAAUGGCUACAAAGGUCUAUGACUUUCAAAAGCCCGAAACUAGUCCACUUUUCAAGCUUCUAGCAUCUGGAUUUGCAAAUUAUGAUGGUGACAAGUGGGCUAAACACAGAAAGAUCGUGAGUCCAGCAUUUAAUGUAGAGAAAUUGAAGGUCUUGGUACCGAUAUUUUGUGAGAGUUGCGAUGAUUUGAUCAGUCAAUGGGAUAGUGCGUUAUCUUCGUCCAACGGGUCGUGUGAGUUAGAUGUGUGGCCUUGCGUCCAAAAUGUGUCAAGCGACGUCCUUGCUCGUGCAGGCUUUGGAAGUAGCUAUCUAGAAGGAAAAAAAAUAUUCGAACUUCAAAGGGAAAUGCUUCAACUGACAAUGACGCUGUUUAAGUUUGCUUUCAUUCCAGGUUACAGGUUUCUGCCCACACGUACAAACAGGAGGAUGAAAGCAAUUGACAAAGAAAUACGAACAUCACUUAUGGGUAUCAUCAACCGAAGAUUAAAAGCAAUCAAAGCAGGGGAGCCUACGAACAAUGACUUGUUAGGCAUACUCUUGGAAUCAAAUUACAGGGAAUCUGAAAAAAGUAGUGGCGGAGGAAUGAGUUUAAGGGAAGUAGUGGAAGAAGUAAAGCUAUUUUACUUGGCGGGGCAGGAAGCGAAUGCAGAGUUACUGGUCUGGACUUUGUUAUUAUUAAGUAAGCAUCCUGAUUGGCAAGCAAAGGCGAGGGAGGAGGUUUUCCAGGUGUUCGGUAAUGAAAAGCCAGAUUAUGAUAGGCUCGGUCAACUCAAAAUUGUGUCAAUGAUUCUACAGGAGAGUCUCAGAUUAUAUCCACCAGUAGUUAUGUUCGCUCGGUAUCUUCGUAAAGAUACAAAACUUGGAGACCUUACAAUUCCCGCAGGAGUGGAGCUUGUAGUACCUGUGUCAAUGCUACACCAGGAGAGGGAAUAUUGGGGCGAUGAUGCUGGGGAAUUCAAUCCAAACAGAUUCUCGGAAGGUGUUUCAAAAGCAACAAAAGGCAAGCUUUCAUACUUGCCAUUUGGAUGGGGUCCUCGACUCUGCAUAGGGCAAAACUUUGGUUUGUUAGAAGCAAAAGUAGCUGUGUCAAUGAUCCUGCAACGUUUCUCCCUCGAGUUUUCUCCCUCAUAUGCUCAUGCCCCGUCUUUUAUUAUUACUCUGCAGCCUGAGCGUGGGGCUCAUGUCAUUUUACACAAACUGUAG